AUUGCUAACGCAGCAGCGAUCCUGUGAAGGGAAGCGAAAGGGAUGGAUCACGCAGCUUCGGCGCAGCGUCGAGGGGAUUUCAAGAGAAACCAUUUCAGGCGUUAUUCCAGACCCUUUUUCUUGUCUGGAGGGUCCCAUUCAUGGGUACGAAUAAAUCCACAUCAGCGCCCAACUGCGUUUGAGGAGCCAGGUCUGGCAGGCUGCAGCAGCCUGGAAGAUUGCCGUCGUCUGAAAAACUGGUCCAACCAACGCAGUUAAAACGGUGAGGUGACAGACCACGAUCUUUGGACACCUGGUUUCCAGUUUUGACAUUUGAUAAGCAAAAGACGCCCCGGAAUCAACCACCCUGGGAUCACACGGAUAGUUUUGGAUUGAUCCAAGAAUGGAAGAGGCAGGGUAAGAAGGAGAUCAGGGUAGCUAAGAACCAGCUCUGAACUGUGGAGGUGGCACCUGGUGCUAGGUGACAAAAGUGCACACACUUCAGUCUAGACUCAGGAUAAGUUAUGGGUUGGCCCUACCAUUAGGCAAAGUGAGGCCACCGCCUCUGGUGGCAGAUUCGGGGUCACGGAUUCCCCUCUACCAGAGGAGAGAGCUAGGUAUGCACCCCCUAACCUAGCCUCCUUCUCUUGGGUGCCAUGGAGGGUGCCAUCCUAGUGCCAGUACUGCAAGUCACAUUUCACUGCUGAUUUUGUUGACUUCCAUAUAUGGAGCAUCAGGCACCACCUUGCCUCUCUUUCAAAGCGGCUGAAGUCGGGGGGGGGGGACCAGAGAGAGCCCCACCCCACCUCCAACCCCAGUUCCCACCCGUCAGCCCUCCCUUCCCGGUUUCUACAUCCACCUGCCAACGCAAGUCUGAUCCCAACAGUGCUGCAGGCCUUGUGACAAACAGCAUAAAUAAAGAAGUGAGGGUGGCACUGUGAUCUAAACCACUGAGCCUAGGGCUUGCCGAUCGGAAGGUUGGCGGUUCGAAUCCCCGUGAUGGGGUGAGCUCCCAUUGUUCAGUCCCAGCUCCUGCCCACCUAGCAGUUUGAAAGCACGUCAAAGUGCAAGUAGAUAAAUAGGUACCACUCUGGCGGGAAGGUAAACGGCAUUUCCGUGCGCUGCUCUGGUUUCACUGGAAGUGGCUUAGUCAUUCUGGCCACAUGACCCGGAAAAACUGUCUGUGGACAAACGUUGGCUCCCUCGGCCAGUAAAGUGAGAUGAGUGUCGCAACCCCAGAAUCAUUCACGACUGGACUUAACUGUCAAUGGUCCUUUACCUUUACCUAUGCCCUGCCCUUAAAACAAACAUUGGCUCGUUCUAAAAUCUUGUACCCCAUAACCAGGAUGAACUUCAGCCUUGUAAUUACAAAAUGCACUUUAAGUAUCCUUAGUGUUACAAAAUGCACACUGUAAGUCUAAAUAGUGUUCUAGGACAUUGUCACAUUGGGGCUUUAGUUCUUGGUAUAAGGGCUAAGACAGCGGUUAACCAAACUGUGAAGUACAAUGGUACCUCAGUUUACGAACUUAAUCUGUUCCGGAAGUCCGUUCUUAAACAGAAACCAUUCUUAAACUGAGGCGCGCUUUCCCUAAUGAGGCCUCCCGCCGCCGGUGCCCUUCCACUGUUCAGAUUCCAUUCUUAGACCAAGGUAAAGUUCUCAAACUACUUCCAGUUUUGUGGAGUUCGUAAACCAAAUAGUUUGUAAACAGGGCUGUUCUUAAACCGAGGUACCACUGUAAAGCUCUACAGCGCUAAAGUCAGGUGGGCCAAAAAUACUGAGGGUAAGGAAGGAAUUUGCCCUAAAUCACACACCCACACCCAUUUAUCCAGGGAACUGUUUGUUUACUCAGCUAAAUCUCAAAGUCAUAUUAUCUCAGUUUUACUUUAGGGCAAUAGCAGUGAACUUUGGUGCUACACAGGCUGCAAGUCACCCUACAGCUGGAGCACAGAGCUUUAGCACUAUCAGGAAAUUGCUAUGCAGUAAGGCCACAACUUUUGCAAAGGUUAUGUUCAGGGCAUUGUGCCCAAAGUCAAAACCCAAAAAGUAAAAACAACAACAAGCAAAGUCAAAAUUGUGUGUAUAGUCAAAACCCAUUGGCUUCUAUAAAGCACAUAAGUUAAAUGUGUACAAGUUGCAGGCUUACUAUAUUGCUCUGAGGUUGUACCUAAUUAAGCAGUAUGUUCCCAGUUCACUUCUAUAAUGCUCAACAUCAGGGUGACAUUAAGAAUAAAAAGGAAAAAAACAAAGAACACAUCCAUGCCAGGGCACACACGGAUGCAAAAUUGUAGGAUAUAAUCUUCAAACAGAAAUGCUAAACUAAUGCAGAAAAUUAGGCAUUACUGACAACUGUUAGCACCAUCAAGUGGAACUAUGGAAGCCUGGGAAAUGUUUACAUCAUGCAACAGAACGCUCAGUCCCAGUGCCAGACUGCCACUGGUGCUAUUUAAAAGAACACAGAGGUUCUAAACUGUUCUAACUGUUAGAGAGAAACGAGUAACGUAGCUACAAAAAGGAAAGUAGCAGAUCAAGGAGCUGAAUCAUCCAGAAUGGUAAGUGAACAACAAGAGGAAGUAGGAUAUUAAACUGGGCUAAUGUUGUAACCGUUAAAGAUUUUAAAAAAUAAGUCAGGCGCUAGCAACAAAAAGUGGGGGGGGGGAUUUCUUGUUGCAACACAACAUAGGACCCCAACCCCUUUUUCUCUUUCACAUUAAAGAGCAGGUAUUCACCUGCCUCGGGGAUGGAAAAAACCUCUUCUGCCUGCAAUUCAUUUUGGAAAAGGGACCAUGAACACAUACCUUUAACUAGGCAGCAGUGUUGGAGCUAACCAGUAGGGCCACAAAACAGGACCCCUCACGGAUAGGGUAGCAGUUUCUGUAUACUGGAGGUGGGGGGCAUCUGAUAUAAGCAAAUACUACUUUGUUACAAAAAAAGGAGAUAAUCAUAUUCCCCUGCCAAUCCACUACUGAUAUAAAUCUGGUUUAUUACUCUUAAAUACUUUUGGGUUUUUUUUAAAAAAAACUUCUCUGCUAUGUCUUGCUGUUAAAGCUUAGAUUUUAAUUUGGCAAGCCACUUUGAGUUUAUAAUUAUUAAAGAGAAAGGCUGAUGAGAGUGGUGAUGGCAGUGCUACAAUUUUUAAGUUCUAAUUGUUUCCAAACACAAAGCAAACUUUUCUUAUUAGUCCUUUAAGAACAUGUUCUCUCAUGUUCUUGUUCAACUUAUUUCUUUGUUAUUUAGAGCAUUUGUACCCCACUCUUCAGCCAAGAAGGCUCCCAGAGGGGCCUUUACGCAGUCAUUUUAAACAAGAGAGUCCCUACCCACCAGCUUGCCUGGAAGACACAGCACAAAAGGAAAGAGGAAGGGGGAGGCAAGAAAAGCAAAUUCAGGUGCCAAUUCUUAAAGUUCAGUUGUAGUUCUUAUAACUACCAGAUAGAAUAUAAAUACAAUUAUUUUUAUCCUUUUACUUAUCCUCUAUCCUCUUUCAGUGUUUCUCAUAUAACCAGCCCAUAGGUGCUGUUGCACUAAUAUGAAAAAACCAUCUAGAAUUUGUGGGAAAUUAUUAGUUAUUCUUCAUGUUGUGAUGGCAGAUUAUCCAGAAGCUUUUUGAUUUUCCGAAAGGAGUGAAUCAAACACCCCCCCAAUGGCACCUUCCAUGCUAUUGCUGAUCAAAAAUAAUAAUAAUUAAAAUCUGUGUUAGUGGAUAAAAAAGGAUAAUGAAAUGCCUAAUGAUCCUUCUAUUCUAUUUCUUUCUUGGCUGAUUCAUGAAUGUAAUUCUCUCAAUUACGCUGAAAGGACUGCCACAAAGAACAGCACUUCUGUUUUCUGUCACUGGAUGGAAGUACUGAAUAGUUCUUAGAAGCCAGCCAAUCCAUCUUCCAGGAACAAAUAUCACUAAGUAUUAAGGCUUGACAUUUUCAUUAUUUGUGUAACUGGUUCUUUUUAAAGGAUAUUCGCCACAAAUGACAUUUUUUAACAAAAUAGAUCAAUAGAUCUCAAAUAACAUCUGCCUAUCAACCUCCAAGGUCAUCUUAAAAUCAUUAACAAGACCAUGUAAAAUUAUUUCCAUCUCUUUCUGCCUCAUUGAUUCUCCGUUCUUUUAAAUAUUUCAUACAAAAGUAUAAUUUGCCUGGUUUCAUGUGAGCCCCCUAAUAUAUUUUUUUCCUCUCUUCUUGUUAACUCAGUUCUGAAAAAGAAAAAGAAACCCUUUGCAGGCACAAGUUUUAAGAUGAAUUCUAUAGAAAUAAUAUAUUGGGUUAAGUUAGGUUUAAUGCAUUUGCUGUGGGGAACUUCAGGAAAAGCCACCCUGAUAAUAAUAAUAAUGGGACAAUACAUUGUUUUAUAAGGCAUAUUAGGAAAACUAGUUUUUUUCUUCAUCAAAUUCUGAAUUUUUAAAUUUUAAUCAUUAGUUUAUAUAUAAUCAAGGUGACCAGAGAGCUGCUAGUACAGAUAAACCUCUCCCCCCGCCCCCAAUGUUUAUUGGCAUGUAAAUAAAAAUCAGGCCUUCUCUUUACCAGGCUAUCAUAUUUCAUAUCUGAGACUUCUUGAACUAUGUUUCCACCACUAUGUGGUGGAUACACUGAUCAGCAGUUGGCCUGGUUUUGCUUUGUGGACUGAGAACUUCAGUCUCCGGGAUCAGGCUUGCCCCUGCUAUAACUAUAACUUUCUGAUUUCAAAAACCUUACGAAGUGGCAGGGGAUUAACUCUCCUGAUCUCAUUGGUUUUUUGUGUUAAUAUGUUAGAACCACUGUGACUAAAUGGACUCAAAUGAGAAUAUUGUGAAUGAGAGACAGCCACUGAGGGUGACAUACCACAUCAGCCGAAAAGUGUACAAUGAAGAAGAAUUCCAACAAGAUCAUGACCAAAAGAUUUAUGCCACAUCCACCAGGGAACCUGAUACCCCUCCAACAAGGCGGAAAAUCCAGUGCAGGUAUUGUAAACUGGGACUCCUAUCCCUUUGAAGAUUACCAUUGACACUUUAUAUUAUAAGUGAGCAGCAAAAGCACUGAACCCAAAUAGAUCCCCGUUUCCUGUAUAUAUUAGAAAUGUUAGCACUAUUUAUAAGCUGUGCCUGCAGAGCUUACACCAUGAAUAAAACACAUACAUAGUUAGAAUGAAAUUUCAGGCAACUACCAAUCCCUGAGCUAUGUGGAGAAGAGCCCUUUUAUUGGAAUGGAUAAACAUAAGGAUACAUAUAAGGAUCCCAGAACUCCUCUUGAAGUAAGGCAUUCAGAGGAGAAAUUAAAUAAGUGCUGGGAGAGAAAAACUUUGCAAUGGAAUGCAGAAAGCACCCUGAGGGUUGAAUCCGUUGCAUCUGAUAUCCAUUCCUCUUCCUGCCUGCAGAGCUAAACUUGCCCAAGGAGUGGCCCAAGGAGAGGAAAGCAAUGAAAUGGCAUGGAUAAGGAUUAGAUCAGGGGCCACAAGCAGCCCACGGGGGUUCUUUAACCGGCCCACGAGCCGCCCCCAAACCGAGCCACUUGCUUGGCGAGUCCCCGUGCGCUGUGCUAAACCAGGGUGGCGCGAGGACUCGCUUCUGCAGUGCUGGAAAUCGCGCAUGCGCAGACACCGAGAAUUGUGGCUGCACAGAUGCAGGUGCCGGAAAUUGUGUCUGCACAUGCGCAGAUGCCCGAAAUUGUGUCUGCGCAGACACCGUGGCGGGCAUGCGCGCUCACAUACACGCGUAAUCCAGCCCAGAAAGGGAUCUCCGCUGGAGUGAACCAGCCCAGGCAAGGUAAACCUUGCCAACCCCUGGACUAGAUCAAUAGUGGCAUGUGAUGAAUUCCAAGACCAACAUCAGACCAUUUCAAACUUUGCCUGCAAAUGGCCCCAUGGCUCAAAAGGCCACCGCUGCAGUUCCUACUGCUUCAUUCUGCAGCCGCCAGUCGUUCACCUCCCUUCCUCCCUACAAAUGUAUUGUGAGCUAAGAGAAGUGGCUGGGGAAGGGGGAGAAAUAGGAUUCAAUUCGUAUUUAAAGCCAAAUGUAUCAAAUUCAUGCUUUCCGAAACAAUAUGAGAACUGAAGCAGAGCCAUCCUUCCUAAAGUUGCACGCCUCUGAAUUUUGUGAUGCAGUUCUCUAACCAAACAAAAAUGCAAAAUUAGGGGGAUAUGUGUAUAAGAAUGAAUAUGUUAGUAAAACAGCAUACCAAAAUGCAUUAUAUGAGGAUAAAUUGCUUGCAAAAAUGUGUAUAUUAGUUGAAACUGCAGGCCAAAAUGUGUUUAUUAGGGUAAAUUUCACACGAUUUUAAAAAUAUUCAUUUUCCAGAAAAACUGAUGCAUAUUGGGGGGUGGGGAGACCCUUAAAUUUCACAUAUACACUUAUGGAGUCAGAACUGUCAGUAUCAUCUCAAUGAAGAUGUCAACCUAGUGUGUGGCAGCUGUGGAAAAAGCAAAUUCCUGCUGAUAAUGCAUUGAUGGUGUGAUUGUAUUUGGAGUGCUGUGUAUAGUUCUGGUUCCCUCACCCCCGAAAGGAUACUGUAAAAUUGGGAAAAGGUUCAGAAAGGGGCAACCAAAAUGAUCAAGGGAUAGAGCAGCUCCCACCCCCACCCCCCGCCAUGAGGAUAUAUUAAGUUUGAGGAUUUUUAGUAUAGAGAAAUGGCAAAUAGGAGGAGACGUGACUGAGGUGCAUUGUGUGGGGAAGUGGAGGAAGAAAGGUUUUUCUCCCUCUCUCAUAACACUAGAAUUUAUGGACAUCCCAAGAAGCUGGGUGUUGGCAGAUUCAAGGCAAACAAAAUAAAGUACUUACUCACACAGUGCAUUGUUAAACUAUGGAAUUCACUCCCAUAAAAGGCAGUGAUGGCCACCGACUUGGAUGGCUUUAAAAGAGGAUUAGACAAAUUCAUAGGGGAUAUGGCUAUCGGGGCUACUAACCAUGAAUACCAGUUGCUGCAAAUCAGAGGAGAGGGCUCUUGUGCUUGGGUCCUGCUCGUUGGUUUCCUACAGGCAUCAGGUUGGCCACUGUGAGAACAGGAUGCUGAGCUAGAUGAGCCAAUGGCCUGAUCCAGCAGCUUCUUCUUUCAUUCUUACGACGUUUAUGUAUUCAGAAUUUCUGUCUCCUGGAAUGAAACCCUCACAUUUUUAUUUUUUAUUUUUUUUGCAAACAUGGAUGUAAAAUUGAUAUUAAGCUUAACACAAUUUAAAGGCAUCAGGGAUAUUGGCAUUUGUCACCAAACAUAAAUGAAAGCACAGGGCUGAGAAGUAUUAAUCCACAAAGGUGUCGCUCUAGUUAGUGGAGAAAGUCAUCCAAUUGAUGAGUUGCAAAGCUUUUUCUUAAAAACAGCACAGUUCAAUUUGUUUCAGAUUCUCGUGGGUACUCUUCCGGAAGUUCAUUCUCAAUGUGUUUCCCUUUCUAAACUGGCUUUGUUCAUAUCGUGUCACUGAAUGGAUUUUAGGAGACAUACACGCUGGCAUAAAUGUAGGGAUGGUGCAGAUUUUUCAAGGUAAACAAGCUGUCUUUAUUAUUUAUUUUAAGUUCUCUCCCCUUUCCCUUAGGAAAUACUUAAGAGUUUCCACCCUUGGAUAACACAAGCUUAAAAAGUAUUAGGGCUGGGGUGGUGAAACUGGGGUUCCCCAAAUGUUGCUAGACUCCAGCUCCUAUCUGCCCCAGGCAACACAGCCAAUGGUCAGGGGUGAUGGGAGCUUGGCCCAAAAACAUCUGGAAGAUUGCAGGUUCUCCAUCCCUGCCCUGGAGUCCCCCUUAUGCAGGGCUGGUCUGCCCAUGAGGCAUGGGAAAUCGGUCACCACAAGGUGGCAGGCUCCAGACAGCUGAGAGGGGCACUGCUGGUGCCAGCAUAUGGUUGUUGUAACCACCACACACCCUCUUCCCACCCAUGCACCUGCCACACACUACCUGCUCCUCUCCAUCUUUCUCUGAAUACCUGGGCAGAGGAGGAGGGGCAUUUUCAGUUUUGCCUGGAGCAGCGAAACAUCCUGGGCCAGCCCUGCCCUUACCUUACUCCAGAGGAGAAGUAGUCCUCUGUUUGGCAGACCAGAAAAUAUGGGAGCUAGAGAAUCUUCUCCUUUACCGCUCCUUGACUCCUAGGUGAUAAGUGGAGUCAUUAAAUGUUGUGCUACUUAUAAUUUUAUUUGUGUACGGCUGACCGAGAAAGCCAAACCGAAAGGAAAGGCAGAUCAAUGCCAUAAGCACAUCCAACAUGUAUUUAAAGCACCUGACUGCCCUUCAAAGAAUUUUGCAAACUGUGGUUUCCCCAUCAAACAGCUACAAUUCCCAAUGCCCUUAAGAAAUCACAGUCCCCAACCUUUUUGGUCAUGUGCUUUUAAUGUGCAUUAGCUGUGCUUUAAAAGUAUGGUAAAAGAGAGGCCAAAGAGACUCAGGAGGGAGAAGAAGUGGACUUUGAAGGCCAAAAGAAGACCUUACUUUAAUUGCCCAACUAGGAAGCCUGCCAGGGAAGUUUUUUUUAUUCACUUAUAGAGGGUAUGGCUGCAGUUACAUUGGAAGCACAGCAUACACGGAGGGAAGGUUCCUUAAUUCAAAUUAGUAUCACCCCUUGCACUGAAAUUAGCCUUAAGGAAAAACUCCUGUUGAGACCAUUGUAAAGCACUUUGUGUACAGAAAAGUGCUAUAAGAGUAAUUUAUCACUUAUUCUAGGCUUGGCUUGCUUCCAGUACUUAAUGAACUGUCUGCUUUGACACAAUCUGUCUGAUAAUUUUGAUACAUUAUUUGUAAAACACAUUCUUCCAGGGCUAUCAGGAAUAGUGAUAACCGGACUACCUCUACCAGUUAUCAAUAGUUUUUAUUCUGCAUUUUGCUGCUCUCUAGCAUAUGUCAUAUUUGGAACUUCACGUCAUAUGUCCAUUGGUGAGUACUGUUCUGCCCGGCUAUUUCAAUCUUCUAGGGAAUGUACUGUUUGCCAACAGAGAUUGUAAACUUUGUUUUUAUUAAUCUAGGGGUCAUAUCCAUGUGGAUAGGAGGUUAUUUGCUUCAGCAGAGGCUUCUAUCAGUAGAAGAAGGAGGGAGGAGAAUUUUGCUGAUGGCCCCUCCUCUCUGAAGCCCCUCCACUCCCAAAUUUGCUCCAAAGAAUUAGCUGACCCUUUAGCACAGUGUGGGAGGUGGUGUGGGGGAUUGUAGUGGGACAGGAAAUUGGGAGAAAUUGCCUCCCUCCCCAUUUUGUUGAUAGAAAUCUCUGCUGAAUCACAAGGGCCUUUAAUCUGCAUGAGUAAUACCAUUAGAUAUUACCCUAUGUCUUCUGACAUAUCAUCUUCUGUUUCAUUUUGAUUUAUUGGUAAUAAAUAUUUCACUCACAAGUCACCAAGCCCCUUAAAUAUCAGUUGUCUUGUUUUUACUGAAGUGUUGUUUGAUCUCUUUCCUGCUAAAACCUGUAACAUGUGAAAAGGUUUGCAGAGAUAUUCAAAACAGUUUAAUAAUGUGUCAAAAUGGAUUAUUAUCUUCUUUUUCAAGAUUUAUUAAUUAUAAUUUUCUCUAUACAUGCCAUUACUGUAUGGAAAUGUAUUCAUAUCUGUGCCCUCACCUGUUUGUUGGGAAUGAUGCAUGUCCUCUUCUUUGACAAUGUGUAAUGGGCCACCCCAUGUAGAGUGAGCUAGUGGAUGAUGCAGACUGAGGCCUAGGAAACCUCUGCUUAAACUGCCUGGCAUGGCAGAGGAGAGUAGCAAGUAUGUUGGAAGGAGAACCCCAUUACCACCUUCUCUCUGAACCUGGAAGAACAACACCAGCUCCAGGUUUACUGAGGCCCUUGAGCAAGCUGGUCUUGGCAGGCUUUCUUCCUGACUGGGCCCACUUCCUCUUUACUGCUGCCACCAAUUCUCAUUCACUCGCCCUCUCCCUUUGGGCCCUGUUGCAACGCAGCCAGGUGAAUGGAGAAUAUUGUUCCUUGCUCCUCCUGCCAAUGUCCACUUGCUUAGGGGAGACAGGCAGAGGAACAUCAAAGAGAAUGAGCAACAGAGGCAGGGCCAAGAGGUGCCAGUGGGGCAUAUUCUGAGACGUAGGCUUCUGCAGGUGCCCAACAAUGCCAACCCUGGACAGCAGCCCUGUAGAGCCAGGAAGGGGAACUUCUGGCCUAUGAGUUGAAUACAGCCCUCUGGGCCUCUCUAACCAGCCUUCAGGAUUCUUCCCUAGGCCAGACCACUCACUGGCCCUGUUCUGUGCACUCUCAAUUUUUGCCUGGCUGGCAUAUGUCCUAGAACUCUGAUGACGCCUCUUCCUUGCCUAUACAGACAGGUAUAUGUGUGUGAAACUUCCAGCUGUUGAAGGGUUGUCAUGUGGCUUACUGUACAAAGUUAAGAGUGGCUGUCCCUGCCCACCGUAAGUGUGUGGCCCCUGGAAGGGAAUGUGGUCCCUGGGCUAAAAAGUGUUUCCCCUUCCUGCUGUAAUGGGGCAAGGUUAUAGCUCCGACCACUUGGCAGCCCAGGUCAGUCAUAUACCCUAAAUGCAGACUGGCUGUCCUUAUACCUUCUGUGCAGGGAGUCUGGCUGUCCUUAUACCAUCUGUUCAGGCCAGAACAGUGGGGGUCCAAUUGGCAUGGGCCAACAAUUUUGAGGGCAACUGCUCAAAUCCCCCCAUAGAGGCAAAGGGGAUUGAAAUGGGGCCUACAUUUCCCAUCUGGUCUGGGCCUGUUACCAGCUCUGCACAGCCCUGCUACUGUGAAACCUAUCGAUGGACAUUUUAUGCCUUGAGCUCUCUGGUGGAAAAGUGGGAUAUAAAUUUAAUUUUUAAAGUGGUUGUUGGAAUUGCUUUGUUUUUAGCUUUGGGUUUUCUCCUUCUGUUGGUAACAGGUUCUUUCAGCAUUUUGAAUGCAAUGGUAGCAAAUUUUCAGAACACCCUUAAUCUCAACUUAAGAAUGCCAUUUAACGGAAGUGUGGCCAACUUCUCAGAUGCAGCGUUUAUGGUCAGUUAUAUGGAAGUAUUAACUUACACUGCAUCUACGACAUUUUUGGUUGGGAUUAUACAGGUAGGAAACACACUUGGAUAUUGGUUAUCAUUUCUGAAAUGUUACAUUUUUCUGCAGAAAGCUUUCCGUUCCUUAAAACUGGUUCGUGAAAUUAACGAUUGACAUAGCAUAUGGCUUCAAUACCAGUACAUUGGGCAGUUUCAAUGUUGUAAGUCACUUCCCCCAUAUAACCAUAUUUCCCUUCCCAUGUUCCAUACGUACAUUUUAUAUUGGACGAGAAGAGGCUAUGCAUGCCUAGGUCUGUCCUUGCUACCAGGAAAGGUGCCACAAUUGAGAUUCCAGAUCCCACAUAGAGUUGUAUGAAUAUAGAACACAUUCUCACACUCCACUCCCUGUGAGGAGGAUAUGGACAAGACAAGCAAGUAUGAUCCCUCUUCACUCUUGAUCAAAUAGGUGGGAAACAUGAGAACAGGGCUUAUGGUCAGAAAAUAUACUAACAUUAGCUGAGUAUUAGAUUAUAUAGAUAUCUUGUGCAGAUACUUUAAAUAGGUGAACAUUUUCCAGUGCCUUCGUGCUUCUCCUUAGAACUUAAACCAGGGAUCAGCAACUUGGUGCCUGCAGAAGCACAUGCACCCACAGAAGCCCUUCCCUGGCACUUACAGGGUCUUUGGUCCCCCACCAUGCUGAAAUUAUAUUGAUUCCAACUGUUCGUCUCAUUUGCAAAUGUGCCUACUUUAGGGUUGGACGUUAAGAGCAGGGUAGGGUGUGAGUGAGGUUUAGAAUUAUAAGGGAGGGCGGGAAGUAGGUCUGAGGAUAGGGGGGGGCAAUGGUCUCCGAGGUUAGAUAGAAAGAGGUUGCUGAAAAGUGUGGGGGAUGGCAACAAUAGACUUACUUCAGGCAACUGAAAGGGUGGACUAAUUUGGAGACUCCCCAGAACAGUCUCUUCCUGCCUUCCUUGCAGAAUGGACAGCUGGAAAAAUGCCUGCCUGCCUCUAACUCUAAGCAAGUAAUAUGGCAAGCUUUUAUAAGUAGACUCGGCACUGCAGAAAGUUGGGGUGUACAACUGGGCCUUAAAGGUGCCAUUUUCUUUCUUUGCCCCUCUUCCUUUCAGCUGUUCUUGUGCUGCAUUGGCUUGGGUUUUGUCACAACAUAUCUUUCAGAAAGUCUCAUCAAUGCUUACCUCACUGCAGCAGCGCUACAUGUUAUUAUCUCCCAGUUCUCCUUCAUUUUUGGGAUUGUAAUUGACUUCCAUUCAGGACCCUUGGCAUUUUUUUACGUGAGUAAAUCCAGCCUUUACUCAAAGCUAAUCCUGUUUCUUGGCAGGGGACAGGGAGAUCAGUUUAAGAAGUUGCAAGCAGAAAGUUGUAAGCCACUAGUUGAAAUGUCUGUGAAUUGUUUGGGGGGGGGGGGGGCAAAUGAAUGCAGUACCAGUUCCCUCCAGAGGCUUCCCUUAUGUCUCCCUCAUGCGUUGGAUGUAGGAAUGCAGAAGGAAUUGAUUCACUUCCCAUUUAAAGGCAAAUCUACCUAAUUUGCCAUGAUAUGCCCUGUACAGACUUACACAAUUUUGCUAGAGUGCUUGAACAUUCCCAGUGUAUUUACUUGUGUAGAAAUGUAUAUGUGACUGAGGAUUAUGCUUUUUGCAUCUGAUGUAAAGUUUGGAUGCACACAGGGGCUGUACGCACAGUCUAAGGACACUGCAUAAAUGGGAAUUAGGUGCAGAUAGGAUCCCACUUUUUAUUUUUUAACUUAGGUCAGCCAUGUUUCUUUUGGACAAUUCCAUCUGAAAGUGUUAGAGCACCACCAAGUCCCAUUGCUCCCAGGGUGGACCGAAGUUGUGCAUGAUAGCUGCUCCAGGUUGUGGGCAGAUGGAUAACCUUCCUUGAGCCUUUAAAAACAGGAUUUUAAUAAAUCCUGAAGCAAUGGAUUCAACUUGCAGAAAAGAAGUUUCUUACUAAACAUUAGGAAUAACUUUCUGGCAAUAAGAGCUGUUCAGCAGUGGAACGGACUACCUUGGAAAGUGGUGGACUCUCCUUUAUUGGAGGUUUUUAAGCAGUGAUUGGAUGGCCAUCUGUCAGGGAUUCUUUAGUUGUGAUUCCUGCAUUGCUGGGGGUUGGACUAAAUUAGGGUCAUUCCAACUUUACAAUUAUUUGAUGGUUUUUUUUGUUUGUUUUUAAUAAAGAGAGAGACAGAAACAGUUUGUAGCUCUUAGACCGCACUGUAAAGGGAUCAGAAGGACUGCAGAUUCUGAAGUGGACACAUGAUCCAAUCUGGAAUAUAACCCACCUAGAUCAAAUCAUUUGAGUCUGCUUUUGAAUCUGAGUUCUGCAAAUUUAUUCCCCAUCCCUGGUUGUGGAACACAUGAAUGAUGAAUACAGAUUUCUUCUGUUGUAAUAUACAGAAAUGUAUAGCAAUGUUGUGAAGACAGCAUACUUGCCUGCAAUUGCUAUAUUUUGUGUGUGCAUGUUAGUGAUUUCCCAUACUACUGAAUUUGAUUUCCAUGCUACUGAAUUAAUUAACCCUUAUAAAAAUUCCUCCUGCUGAGUAUUUUCUUUCCCCCUCAGAACUUGGUGUAUUAUUGCAUGGGCCUCCCAAAAGCUAAUUCGACCAGUAUCCUGCUCUUCUUGCUAUCUGUACUAAUGCUGAGAGUCAGCAAAUGCAUUAAGAUAACUUACAAACACAGUCCCGUUGAGUUUCCUAUGGAGCUUCUUUUGGUAGGUACCUUACAUUCUUUGAAUAAGAAAUACGUUAGGCUUCACAGACAGUCAUUUCCUCACUAGAUGGAAAAUAACCUGAGUGGUGUUUUAAGCACAGAACCUGUCCAAGGAACAAUAUCCGUGAACCUUUGUAUUAUCUUUAGGCUUUGGUAAAGAGAGGAGAGGUUCACCAAGUAUAUUCAGCUUCUCUAAGGCUGAAAUCCUAGGCACACUUAUGGACCAAUUGAAACUACCAGAUCUGCUGGCUAGGAGGGGUCAGGAUGAGCAGGAGGACACACACCUCUGGUGGAAAUAGGUCCACACCAACAGAAAAUCCACAUGCUGUUAGAAUCACAUCCUCAUACCAGUGGAAAGCAUGAUAGGAACAAGAGAUGCCUGUGAAGAAACAGAAGAGAGAUUUUUAAAAAUGGGGUGUGCUAAGGGUGCAUUUAGGGACAAACAUUUUGCCACUUACAAACUCCCACCAGUCUUGCCUUUGGAAUGGGGCAAAACUGAAAGGGCAGGAUUAAUGAAAUUCAACUCUACAGGAGUUGGAAGCUCCACAUUACAGGAGCACAAGCGAUAUGGCCGUUCUCAGUUGCCAAUCACAGCACAACAGGAUAUAAGCCCUGCAUGUGCCAGCCACAACUCCAGAGACUGUUUGCAUGUCAUGGAGCUAUGCCCAACAUUACCUGGUUGUAUGGGCUUUGCUCUCAUGAGACGGGACCUUUGAUGAAAGGGGGCCAUGGUGAAAGAGCACAAACACAAUGCACUUUCUGCAAUAACACAGAACCACGGAGGAAUCUCAAAGCUGGACUUCAGUGGGUGAGUUCAGUGUAGGCUCAGUCGCCAUGGCUGUCUGAAGCAGAGUCAAUGUUAGAGUUGGCAUUAGAAUUUCAGGUUAGCUUUUCUAAAAUUCCUAUAACAUAUUGUUGGAAGCAUCCUCUUUGAAUAUGUACACAUCACCCCACAGAAGAGAUUUGCAUAAAAUGUGGAUAUGCAUAUUUGUACACAUGGAUACAGAUUUAGAAAUAGCCGCUAUAAUUUAAAUACAGUACAUGUUGUCUUAUUGAGGAAGGUUGUGAACAGGCGGCCAAUAUGCCUGCUCAGUUGGCUAUCCAGGUACCUUCAAGGCUCCUGCUUUCCUUUCUUCAGGUUCUUUAUCUCUAAAAUCUGACCAGAUAUCUCUUCAGAUAGAGGACUGUCCUCUGUAAAACGGACACACAUGGCGACCCUAACAGGGAAGGUGAAAUGGUAUUCCUGAGAAAUUUCAAAUUUUAAUCAGAGCAUGAUGUAGGAAUUGUAGGGAAGUGUUUCUAAUUACUUGGUUAGUAUUUUGUUACCUGCUCCAAGGUGGGUAGGUAGGUAGAUAUUAUACAUUGUACAUUUAAAAAAAAAAUAUUAUCUGUUGGUUAAUUUCAUUUUCUUUUACAGAUUAUUGUGUUUACCAUACUUUCCACCCACACCCAUAUGUACGCUGAAUCCAGUAUGGGAGUUUUUUCAAUGGCCCCCCAGAGGUUGGUAAUCUACAACUUACGUAAUAUAUUGCUUUAUUAAGUACUCUCUGUUGGGAGAGAGAUGGGGGAAAUGUGUCCUUGUUAAUUCUCCUCAACCUUGCAGUAGCUUUUGAUACCAAACCUCUAGGACCACCUCUCUCCAUAUGAACCUCAAGUCCCCUGCAAGCAUCAUCUGAGGCUCUUCUUUGUGUGCCUCCUCUAUAAGAGGUCCAGAGGGUUGCAAUACAAGGGUGGGCCUUUUUGGCAGCAGCUCCCCGUUUUUGGAAUGCUCUCCCCAGGGAGGAUGGACUGGCACCUUCAUUAUACACCUUUAGACAACAGGUGAAAAGCUUCCUCUCCAACCAAGCCUUUGGCUGAUUAACAUGUUUGUGGAAGGGGAGGAAGGGGGGAUUUUUGUUUUGUUUUGUUCUUGUUUUUAUUAUGUAUUUUGUGUUUUAUGUAUUUAUUUUAUUUAUUUUAUUAUGUAUUUUAUUAUGUAUUUUAUGCUGUCAACUGCCCUGAGAGCUGCUGAUUAAGGGCAGUAUACAAAUUUAAUUAAUAAGAAAUAAGAAUAAUCAAGAAUAAAAGUAAUGGUCUCUGGUCACUGAAAAUAGUUUUGUGCCCCUAGAGUCAGUCAUGUUCAUGCACCAUCAGUCAACAUGAAACCUGUAUUUAUUAUGGUGCUCCCUCUCCAACAACACUGGGUCACCAGGCUAGUUUCUGUUAAAAGUUACUUUAUGUUUUUUAUUGAUUUUUUUAUUGCAUUUAUUUUAAAAAGCAGACAGAGAGAAAAAACCGAAACAAAAAAUAGGAAAAACAAAAGCAAAAUCAUCAGCUCACCUUCACAGUGCAAUAAACAUCAGUACAUACAUCUUAAUUUACACAUACAGAUCAAGACAAUAUAUGCCAUUCAAAUAUCUGAAUAGAUAUUCAGAUAAAGUUGAUGUUUAUAGAACAUGCGUUCAAAUGCAACAAGGGCAUUAAGAUCUGUUUUAUAGUAGAUGGUGAGUAUUUAUCCCAGGCCUGAAGUACAAGUUGCUUAGUUACGACAAGAGCUCAUAAAAUCCAUUUUCGUUGUCCUUCCAUUAGUCCCCAUACUACAAACUAUAAUUUGAAAGUAACAAACACCCGCUAAUAUAAAGGAUUUUGCCAAUACAAGAUGAAUACAGAUGGCAACUUCAGGCCAAAAAUGGAGAAAUCACUGGACAAGCCCACCUCAUAUGCCUCUAUAAGACAUUUCUAUCAUUACACCUUCAUUUAUUUCAUGCUUAAAAGAUUUGUGCCCCAUGUUUUGGCAAAAGCUUCCAAGUUAGCUAACAAUAAAAUGAUUUCAUUGCAGCAUUCAAGGUUUAGCUCAUAAUUCUCACUACAGACAUCUCCACCGGGUAGUAAAGGUGUUUGUGUUUAAACAGAAAGAAUAAAUCCUGUACCUAAAUAAAGCUACAAGGCAGAGUUCUCAGGAAUGUUCAUUGAAAAAUGAAGAAGGCAAUCUUUCUUAUUUCAGAUUUCUGCAUCCUACAUUACCUGACUUUUCAAACCUGAAAAAGAUUUUAUUGCAUGCUUCAUCCCUGGCCAUAGUGAGCUAUUUUCUUCUCAUUUUUGUGGCAAAGAAGUAUGGAAAUAUCCACAACUAUCACAUCAGACACACUCAGGUAUAAAUUCAAUGUCAUAUGCCAGAAACUUUGAGAAGAUUUUGUUGCUCAGGGAGAUUAGAGCAAUGAGGAUUAAGUAUAAUUUCCUGUAGUUUUGCAGGAUGACUGCAGAAAGGAUGCAGAUCUCUAGUUAUUACUAGUUCUCUAAGCAAGUUGGGGUGCACACUGGGAUAUGUUACAUGAUAAUUAGAGAAUUCAUUCACCAGUGUUUGUUUAUUUAUUUAACUGAUUAAUUUGGUCCUCAAGGCAAUUCACAAUCAAGGUUUCAAGCAGAAGACACAAUAGAUAAAACCAUUAAAAGUAGCAUGUCCAAAAAAAGGUGGGAUUACAUUAAAUGCUUGGGUAAAUUGGAUAGUUUUCACUGUUCCCAUCAACAAUUUUACCCAUGCAUUCUCCUUUAAGAUUUGUAAAUGCAUCAUACUUCAAAAGAAAUUAUUUUUUACCAUUGUAAUCUGAUUGUGAUUAAUUUUUAUUUACCUCCUACAGGACUUGAUGGCAAUUGGGCUAUGCAAUGUCACCAGUUCAUUUUUUAAAAGUUUUGCUGUCAGUUGUGCUCUUUCUACAACUGUUAUUCAGGAGAAGACAGGUGGAAAAACUCAGGUGUGUUGGUUGAUUGUUGAAACCCACCAUUUCUUCUAAACCUCCAUUAAUAGGACGGGCAAUCCAAAACAUGUUUAACCAGAAACAAGCUCAACUGAGUUCAAUGGAAGUCUGAGUAGGGUUAUUGAUGAGGGCUUAUUUUUUCCUCUGUGGAAUGUGGAACUAAAAUAGCUUUAGAGUCAACACGUAUUGAUUUUACAUAAACCUAUUUAAAAUGGAGUGUGGAUGUUGUUUAUUUAAUGAGAAUAAAUAAUGGUGGAAUAAAAAUGUUCACCUAAAAGGCAGCAAAGAAGAGACCAAUCUGACUUGAGAUGGAGUUUCACAAUUGUAGUAACACCAUCAAAAAGGUCCUAUCGCUUGUUCUUGCCAGCUACACCUCUCUUGGCUACCUUAUUUCCUAUAUCCUAGUGCCAGAUAGUUUAAGACUUUAUAUGUAAUAGUCAUCAGCACCUUGAAUUGGUCCCAGAAGCAAAUUGGUUAACUACUGUAUGUGAUAGGUGAAUUUGACACAUCAUAAUUUUGCUUUUUGAAACUUCUGCUAUAGAUCCAAGGCUCUAUACUAUUACAUUCUUAUCCAAUUAAUAAAAAUACCUAUCCACACAAACUGAAAUGUCAAGGUUUUAACCUCCAUCAAAGUCACCAUUUUGAAUGUGUUCUCAGUAAGAUGGACUGUUGUACCUGAUAAAAACUUUGAUUUUUUAAACCACUGAACUCAGCACUGGAGCAUCAGUACCAGAACACAUUUCUAAUGCAGUAUUUAUUUUUAAUUAGCUUGCAGCUCUCAUUGGAGUUUCCUUAAUGUUGGCAGUUGUGUUAAAGCUGGGAACCUACUUCCAGUACCUUCCUAAUGUAAGUUAAUGUGAAAUGCUAUUUCAGUAAACAUUGAUUCCACACCUUUGACAUAUUUCUAUUGUAUUCUAUUAUAUAAAAGGCACAUCUUUUGGCCAUGUAAAUGUUGGCACAUUCAAUGUGUCACAAUUUUGAGGCUAUAGGGAAGAUGGCUGUAGCAGAUAGGGCAGAAUCAAAUAAGCAAGACAUGGUCUUUCAGGACCCUGGACAGAGUACCAUGGAAGGCGCUGGCUCCAACAUUCACACACACACACACACACACACACACACACACACACACACAGGAGCAGAUUGCUGAGGCCCUAUGAAGUUGGCAGGGGCUUCCUUACUGUUUACCCACCUCCAUUAUUAAAGGGGCUCUGUUGGCUCCUACAGCAUGGGGAAGGUGUGGACUGCACUGAGACUGUCUUCUGAGUCUGUGGAGUCUGGCAAAGUCACAUCUUCUGACCUUAAAGAUCCUGGAGUGGGGGAGAGGCAGCUCCUCCGUGUUUUUCUGUGACCUCGCAAGUGUCUGAGAGACUGCAGAGCUACAGUGCUUCCUUGAAUAGCUCUCUGGGUCUGUUUCUACCACAUGUAGGGAGAAGCAACUCAAGGGAUUGUUGGUUUCUCCUGGGAUAGCACCAUCUUUCCACCUUGGGCAGAACUAGGUUAGUGGAAAUAACACCUCUGAAAUUACCUGAAAGUGGUAGGAAAAUUAUAAUAUGUACACAUAAUGGUAGAGGCUUUAGAGUUAUACAACAUGAUAUAGUGAUAUAGCAUUGGCUUGCUAAACAAAUAAAACUGUUUGUUCCUACAAAGCCAUUUUAAAUGAGCUGUGUAUCCUUGGCAAAAGAAUAGCCAGUUAUUGUUGUUUUUUCCACAGGCUGUUGUGGCUGCUAUUGUACUGGUCAACAUGUUCCCAUUUCUUGAAAAAUUUAUGGAUGUCCCUUUCUUGUGGAGGCAAGAUAAAUAUGAUUUUGUAAGUGUCGUAUGAUCCACAUGGGGUUAGAGAGGGGAAUUAAAUGGGGUAUCACCUAAUGUUACACCAUGGCAACAGCGGUGCAAUGCCAGUGUAGAUGUGCUGUCACACAUAUAUUUGCAUGUACUGCUGCUCAAGAUGAUUUGGGGAUCCAACUAGACAAAUUGACAGAGAACUGUUGUCAGAUCUCAACAUCUCUUUAAAAACAACAACACAGGCAUGGGGUGUCCCAGUGUGGAUCUGGACCAUGGAACUGUGAGAGAUGUAACUCUUCCCCCUUGUGACAUUUUCUCAAUGCAAACAAAGCUUAGAGGUGUACUUAAGUUUUUCCUGGUGGUGUUAAGUAACCACCUCCCAACCAGGAAGCUGUGGUUUAAGGGCUCCCUCCAAACCAGUACAUAUAAAACCAAGAUGUGAUGCUGGUUUUAGACAUCAUGGGAAACUGUGGUUUAAAAUGCUAGGAUAGCUUUGUUGAAGCCAUGCAUGGGAGGAGGGGUGAGGAGGGAGCACAUAGGCACACUACUUGUUCUUGGAUCAGUUAUUGUUUAUUAAACCAAGACCAUCAUGACUCUGUAAUGUUAACAGUGCAUAGAUCAUUUCAAAGUUCUAGUAGUUUUGAGAACUGUACCCUAAAUUCAAACACGAAAUCUUCAUGGUUUAAAUAAUCAGUACUUCAGAUUUUUUAUUCUUUAUAUACCAAAAACGGCAGAGGGGUGUCUUGUCACAUUGACACUGUACUUUGUUUUAUCUUCAACUUUGUCCCUGCUAAGUAGCUUAUAUUGCCCCUGUUUCAUUUUUCCUUAAAGGGAAUUUGGAUUGUGACCUUUCUGUCUGUAAUCUGUCUUGGUCUGGAUAUUGGCUUGGGAAUUUCUAUGGGAUUUGCCUUCUUCAUAAUAAGUGUGCGGUCACACAGGUACUGUCUCCUAUGGUAGUGUUGUAUUAUAGGGCUACAGGCGAGUGUGUGUGUGGAGAAUGGGAAUUAUAUUGCUACCAGAGUAUAUUAGAAAAGUGUCUAGAAAGACUCUCCUCCUGCAAGAGAGGGGAGUGGUUGUGGUCGGGAGCCGGACUCCGCCUCAAGCAGGGGGCGUUAGCCCCCUGCCUCCCACUCACCUGGCUGGCGCCCACGCCCACGGGCAGGCACCCAACCAGGUGCCUGCGAGGGGGCGUGUUUAGCAGCCUAAAUUGCUGCGGCAUCAGCCUUCCGGCCUCACUUUUUGUCGUCCCGUUGCGAGUGGCAACCUAACAGGAUUAUUGAAAAGAAAAGAGGAGGAUCAAGAGUAGCCAUUAGGGUGCUACCACAGAACCUUCCUCCCAGCAGCAGCACCAUUGCUACUUGCCAGGAUGGUGAGGGUGCAGGGGCUCAGCAAUACCAGGAUGUGCUAAUUGCUGAGUUGGCAGAGUCAAUCCAGUGCUCCUGUUGGUGCACCUGACUUUACCAACAGCCUGUGCCACACCAUCCUGGUAAGCAGUAGUGAUGCUGCUACUGGGAGGCUGGAUCUGCAGUGGUGCUACACAAAAAGCUCUUGAGGAGGAGUAUAUCCUAUAAAUUUAAAGUUAGCAAGUAUAUGAAUUAUAUAUAAUUAGAUAUAAUAUAUAACUAUCAUUUGGUUAAUUAAUUGAAAGUGCCUUCUCUAACUUCCUUAGCUCAUUUGUGGCCUCACUCAAGGCAUACAACAAAUUCUAAAAUUCAAGUUUACUGGCCAUGAAAUAUUAUAAUGAGUAAAGAAGCAGAGGAGACAUAAGCAGCGUGCAAAGUGAACUAAAACACAAAAUUAGCAUCCAGCUGGCCUUACCCUUGAGCAAGCCAUGAAGCUCAAAUAAUAUGCCUGGAAUAUGCAUUGUUCUUCAGUGUAUAUUGUUCUUCAAUGCAAAGACUAGUAAAAUCCUCUCACCAUAUAUUGGGGUAGCAGGGUGGUGGAAGAGAGAGCACAAGCAAUUGGGGCUUGAGACAGCGUGAACAAGAUCACAUACGCUAUAAACCUUUGGAGAUGGGUGCUUUGGGCAAUAAUUGCUUUGCCCAAAUUGGGGAAGAUGUGUAACUUGAAAGGAUCUCUUCUUGGGUUCCAGUCAGAUAGACUUAACUAAAGAGAAAACACUAACAUGUAUUUGUGGUGCUUGCAAUGAUUUUGAGCAAUGAUCUAAGGAAAACAGUGAGUGGGUGGAGGGGCAGGAGUUUCUGCAAGCCAACUAGGAAAAAAUCCUCACUGUAUUCUUUGAUCUGCGCAUAGCAAGGGCAAAGAUAGAAGGAUGAUAAAACACCUUCCCUACAGAUAUAACUGAUGCUCAUACAACUUGCGGUCUGGCAUUGAGCCUGGAGUAACAAUAUUGUAUGUAUUUUUAUGGAGAGACAUACAGCACAUUUGACUAAAUGCUCUGUUUCCAUACUACAGCAAAAUUAGGAUAAGAUUUUACCUGCUCUUUUCCACUCUCCAUGGAGAGACAUGAAAAUAAACAAGAUACCGGUAAUUCAAUGGAAGCUUGUGACCAUUCCAUUCUUUAAAACUACAUUCAAAGUUGGAUAGUUGUCUAUGUCUGUCAUGGUUUCUUUCCUUGGUUAAAGGUUUGGCUCUACUCAAUUUUUAAGAAGGCAAUCUAACUUAACAUUUUGUUUCAGAAUGAAGAUGUUGACACUGGGUCAGAUUCCAAACACCAAUAUUUAUCGCAGUUUUUCUGACUACGCUGAGGUAAGGGUAGGAGGGAAUAAAUAUUCUUUGCUGCCACCAGUUCCCUUCACUAGCACACUAGCAGCUGACGCAUCAGGUUGAAUUAAUUCCAGGAAUGGUGUUGUGUAUAAUUACCACCUUUAUGACUCGUAAUGAAGAGCCAUACUUGAAAAGACAGUGUUGCAGGAACCCCACUAGUAUCUCUGGAAAAUACACAGCAUAGUGAUCCUUCUGACAGGAUUUAAUUAACAACUAUAGCUUGGUGACCCUGACAUCAACAAUGAAAGCAGAUUUGUAGUACAAAUGUUGUGUUAUGUACUCUGUUCAAUCUCUGCAUGGUCCAAAUGUUGUUUUAUAUGUCUGGCUUCCUCUGGUAUUGGAUCAUACCAAAGUGCAAAUUAUUAUUCUUUGCAAGGUGCCAGUAUAUUAGCAAAUAAUCUCAAUAAAAAUGUGAAUUAUGUAGCCAAAUGGUGUCAUCCAUGCACAGGAGAAAGGUAUUGGUAGGACUGGGGAAAGUUUGCGGAGAUAAAAAUUAAUCCAUGGAGGAGGAGGGAAACCCAAAAACAGUUCUGCUGUGAUUCUGCGUAUUUAGUGGGCAAUGAAUGCUGAUGGACUCGUGGGGCUACAGAGGAAUGGUAAACUGUAUUCUGAGAAAGAUCGCAGCAUGAAUCCUGAACAGGAGCACUGCACACUGCAACAUUUUGUUGCAGGUUCCACUAAGAAAGACUUAAAUUUUAUUUCUCUUUUUAGGCUAUAGAGAUUCAGGGGGUGAAAAUGUUCCAGUGCUGUGCCUCCAUUUCAACUGCAAAUAUGAAACAUUUCAAAUCCUACAUUUUACAUAAGGUAAAUGGUGCCCUCCAAAUGAUUAUCAGAUAAAGAUCCUUCCAAAAUUGCACUUUUCUGAAUUUUAUUCUGUAGUGUGCACAAAAGUGCAUAUACUUGUGCAUAUAAUACACAUAUUAGUGAAAAUAAUAUUAAAAAAUGCAUUCUAUUAGAGAACGCUUCUUUGCAAAAAUGUGUAUAUCGGGCAAAGCUGCAUACCAAAGUGUGUAUUAGGAGAAUCAUACUAAAUGCUUAUGAAUUUUAAUGAGGACUUUGACAACAACAAAUAAUCACAAACAGAUGUGGAAAUGUGGAGAACCAAAUUUAAAAUUGGAAUUUAAAAAGGAGAAAAUGAAAAUGACAGGUUUGCCCUCCCUACUCAGAACCUCUCCAGUAGACAAAGCUGGCCAUAUCUGAUAAUCUAUCCUUAUUUUGAUUUCAGAUGGACCUGAAGGCUGUGCCACUUGAUGAAAAUGAAAUGAGAGCUUUGAUCUCAGUCAGUAUGUCUAGCGUUAGACAGAAAAAGGAUUUAAAUUGUACCUGUGUUUGUGAGCCACCUGAACCAUUACCCAGGGUGAGAGAUUUUGUUCUUUGUUUUACAUAGAACUCUCUUAGAAUUCCCAUACAGGUGUCACUUAGACAAUUGCUUCCACCUUGCCUAAAUCAAAAGCCCACACCUGCCUGGUGUAUACAUCUACGCAUCACUCAAUGAAAAAUACCUAAGCUCUGGUUAUGUGCUAGUCCCGGGGGGAAGGUUACCGUUGUCGUAGUCAAAGUCCAGUCCUGAGUCACUAGCCUGGAACCAGUUCACAAGCAGCGAGGCGAGGUCCGAAGCAGGAAGCCGGGCGGGGACAGGAACACUGGAAGGUCAGAAGCAGGAAGCCGGGCGGGGAACAGGAACACUGGAAGGUCAGGUCUGGGUCCGGGUAGGAGCAGGUACUCAAUGACGACGUUGCUCCCGCAACCUGGGACCGGGCUGACUGGCCUUUAUCUUCUCUGAGGCCAGGGGCGGUCCCGGCCCCCAGGAGACCCGCCUCUCCUGGCCUUAAGGCGAGCACUCCUCCUGGGAGAAACCAGUUCCCUUCGCCUCUCUGCCCUGAGCCUCUGCAGUUCAGGAGAGGCUGAAGGGUUACUGGACCCAGGGGGAGACUCACCUGUAGGCACUGAGUCCUCAACCACCUCCGGAGCCAGAGUGGAUUCACCUGGUGCCUGCUCCUGAGGAUCCGGCACAGGUGCAGGCACUUCAGAAUCAAGGCCCUGCCCCAGUGCAGCCGGCCCUGGAGGCGGGGACUCCUGUGCAGGCUGGGAUUCCUCCGGUUCAGCCUCUGAAUCGGAAUCCCAGGCCAUCACACCAUCCCCCCUCCCAGGCCCCCCCCCUCAAUCGAGGGUCUGGACCCGGCUUGCUGGGGUACGCUGCAUGGAAAUCUCGGAGGCAGGCAGGCGUGUGGACGUUGGCUGCUGGUUCCCAGGAACGGUCCUCCGGUCCAUACCCCUUCCAGUCUAUGAGAUACUGCAGCUUUCCCUUGCGGUAUCGGGAGUCCAGAAUGCGUUCCACCUCGUACUCAGGCUCCCCCUGAACCAAAACUGGCUGCGGUCGGGGACGGUUCGGGUGGAACUCGUCGGGUGGGGCCACCGGACUCAGAAGGGACCUGUGGAAUACCGGGUGAACCUUCAGGGUUGCAGGCAACUGGAGACGGAAUGCCACAGGCGAGACCUGGUCCACGAUGGGAAACGGGCCGGUGAAACGGGCGUCCAGCUUCCGCAAAGGUCGAGUGGGGUGGAGGUGAUGAGUGGAGAGCCAUACCAGGUCACCGAUGUGGAGUUCCGGCCCCACCUGGCGGUGGCGGUCGGCCUGGGCCUUGUACGCCUCCUUGGCCUGGCGCAGUUGCUCCAUCAACAGCUGUUGCUGGGACUGGAGCUCCUGAAGCCACUCCGUCACCGCAGGGACCGCGGAUGCCGACAGCACAUCCGGAAACAGCUGUGGAUGAUAACCGUAACUGGCCUGGAACGGGGUCUGCUGGGUGGACGCAUUCACCGCGUUGUUGUAGGCGAACUCCACCAAUGCUAGGUGGUCGACCCAGUCAUCCUGCUGGUAGCUGCAGUAACACCGAAGGUACUGCUCCAGCACCGCGUUCGCCCGUUCCGUCUGGCCAUCGGUCUGUGGGUGGUAGGCUGAUGAGAGACAGACCUCUGUCCCGAGGGUCUGGUGCAAUGCUCGCCAGAAGCGGGAUGUGAACUGAACGCCCUGGUCGGACACCACACGCUCAGGUAGGCCAUGCAGGCGGAAGACAUGCGGAAGGUACAGCUGAGCGGUUUCCUUAGCUGUGGGUACGGAUGGGCAGGGGGCACAGUGCACCAUCUUAGUGAAAUGGUCGGAGAAAACUAGAAGAUAGGUACAGCCACGAGACGGGGGUAAGUCCACUACAAAGUCCAGCGAAACCAUGUGCCAAGGACGUGGUGGGACUGGCAACGGCUGAAGUAGGCCGGGGGGUCACCCGGUAGGGCCCUUGGCCCGCCGGCAGACAUCACAACCAGCAACGUAGCGAGCCACGUCAGCCUUCAGGCGGGGCCACCAAAACUCACGGCUUACCAGAUGGGUGGUCCGAUACCACCCAAAGUGUCCCGCUGCUGGGGCAUCAUGGGUCAUCCGGAGAACCUCAGCCCGCAGUGGCCCUGGCGGGAUAUACAGGCGACCGUGGUGUAGCAGAAGGCCCUGUUGUAAGACCAGCCCCGGAUACUGAGGGCUGGACCCUUCGACCAGUUCCUGGAAUCGUUCCUGGGCCCAAGCGUCGACCCGCUGCUGCUCCCGCACCCGAGCCUGCAGUGACUCAGCCUCCUGGGUGGCCAGGAAUGCAGCCGGUGGUAGGAUCGUGGUGGGUACUGCUUGCUGUACCGUGUCUGCGUUGUCUUCAGGCUUCCGGGACAGGGCAUCCGCCUUCUGGUUUUGGGAGCUAGGGAUGUAGCGGAUCCGGAACUGGAACCGGGAAAAGAACAAUGCCCACCGGAUCUGCCUUUGGUUCAGCUUGCGGGUGGUCUGGAGGUACUCCAGGUUCCGGUGGUCGGUUCUCACCUCCACCGGGUGUCGUGCCCCCUCAAGAUGGUGGCGCCAGACAUCAAAGGCCACCUUGAUGGCCAGUAGUUCCCGCUCCCACACGGUAUAGUUACGCUCCGCUGGAAGGAGCUGGCGGGAAUAGAAGGCGCAGGGUAAGAGUGGCGCAUCAGGUCCAUACUGCUGAGACAAGACGGCACCGAGAGCCGUACUGGAGGCGUCGGUUUCUACCACAAAGGGUCGAGAGGGAUCAGGAUGUUGCAAGAUCGGCGCUCUCUGGAAACAGGCUUUCAACCCCUGAAACGCCUCCUCUGCCUCCUUGUCCCAGGAAAACGGCGUCUUGGGGCGCAGUAGCCAGGUCAACGGGGUGGUGCGAUGAGCAUAAUCUGCAAUGAAGGUCCGGUAAUAGUUGGCGAACCCCAGGAAUCGCUGUAGGUCCUUGCGGUUCCAAGGUGCCGUCCAUUCCCGAACCGCUGCCACCUUCCCAGGAUCCAUCUGACCCCAUCUGGAGAGAGUCGGUGACCAAGGAAGUCCACUGACCGCUGAUGGAACUCGCACUUGCUGAGUUUCGCAUACAGGCGGUGCUCCCACAAGCGCUGCAGCAUGGUCCGGACAUGACCCUCGUGGAGAGCCGGGUCACGGGAGAAAACCAGAAUGUCAUCCAAGUACACCACCACGUACUUGUCUAGCAAGUCCCGGAACACGUGGUUGAUGUACCGUUGGAACACAGCGGGCGCGUUGCACAAUCCGAAGGGCAUAACCAAGUAUUCGAACUGCCCGUACCGGGUCCCGAAUGCUGUCUUCCACUCAUCCCCGGCUCGGAUCCGAAUUAAAUUGUAGGCCCCCCGGAGGUCUAGCUUGGUGAACACCUGCGCCCCUUGCACCCGCUCCAGCAACUCCGAAAUAAGGGGCAAGGGGUACCGGUCUAGGAUGGUAAUUUUGUUUAGGGCCCGGUAAUCAUGGCAAAGGCGAAGCUCCCCACAUUUCUUCUUAACGAAGAGCACUGGCGCAGCGGUGGGCGAGGUAGAAGGCCUAAUGAAACCACGCUCCAGGUUCUUGUGCAGGAAGUCCUGCAAAGCUUCACGCUCUGGCUCUGUUAGAGAGUAUAAGCGACUCACCGGCAGGGGCGCUCCGGGCUGGAGGUCUAUGCCGCAGUCAAAAGACCGAUGCGGCGGCAGCUGGUCUGCCCCCCGUUCCUCGAACACGUCUUGGUAGUCCCGGUACUCGGCGGGGAGCGUGGAUGCAGCCUCCUCAGUGGGUGCGGCUGCUAGCAUCUCGGACUGAGCAUGGGGACAUGGGUCUGGGAAGUGCACAGUCCGAUUGACCCAGUCAAUCUGAACAUUGUGAGCCUCCAGCCAGUCCAUCCCGAGCACCAGGGGGAACCGGGGCAUGGAGGCAAUGUCCAAAGUUCGCACCUCCCGGUGCUGCUGGAGACACAGGACCAAGGGCUGGGUCUCCCGAGUGACGGCACCCGAACGCAGGAGCCAUCCGUCGAUUGCCUCCACCUGUACCGGUUCUGGCUUGUUAUGAAGUGGCACCUGAUGAUGAGCGGCAAAGGCAGCGUCCAUAUAGGAGCGGGUUGCCCCUGAAUCCACCAGAGCGUGGGUAAGAAUCCAGGGCCUACCUGGAGGGUAGAGACGCACCGGAACCAUGAGAUGUCGCAAAUCCACUGGUGAGGGCCCCUCUUGCAUGGUUUGGGACCCCAGGUUGCUAGGGCCUUCAGCUACCAAGGUUGGCGGUUUCCCUGUGACUGGCAUCUUCUUGGGACAGGAUCGGGCGUAAUGUCCACUCCCACCACAGUAAAGACACAGGUUCCCCUCCCGACGCCGCGUCUUCUCCGAGGAUGAGAGGCGAGGUCGCGCAGCCCCGAGCUGCGUUGGCCGACAACACGGCUGUGGGCGUGGACCGGCUGGGAAGGACUGGAGCCAGGAGCCGGGGGUGCUGGCGGUCCCGGGUCUGGCGACGGUCCUCCAACCGAUCGUCUAUCUGCAGGCUCCGCUGAAUAAGGGCGUCCAGCGUGGUGGGACGAUCGAUCAUGGCCACCUAGUCCAGUAUCUCAUCCGACAGCCCCUCAAGAUACUGGUCCCGAAGUGCAGAGUCAUUCCAAGACAAGUCUUGCGCCAACAGCCGAAACUCCAUGGUGUAGGCGGCUGCAGUGGACUUGCCCUGUUUCAAACGCCUAAUUGCCCGGUUGGCUUGACUCUCCUUCUGGGGGUUGCCGAAUGCGGCCUCCAAAUGGUUGCAAAACCCCAUAUAGUCUGUCAGCAAGGGGGAGUCUUGCCUGAGCAGCGGCAAUGCCCACUUGGCCGCCUGGUCCUUUAACAAACUGAUCAAAAAGUGCACCUUGGUGCGGUCGUCAGGGAAGUUCCGGGCUCGCCCCUGAAUGUACAACUUGGCCUGGGCGAGGAACAUGGGAAAGCUGGCCGGGGCCCCAUCAAAUUUCUCUGGCAAGGCCACUGGGUACUUACCUGGAGCCGGGGCGUCGGCCCCAGGAGCCGGUAGGGCGUCCAACCGCUGCUGAAGUGCCGUCACCGCAUUGCUGAGCUGCUGCACGGUGUGAGUCAAGGCCUGGUUCUCCUGUGCAGGCUGGGAUUCCUCCGGUUCAGCCUCUGAAUCGGAAUCCCAGGCCAUCACAGGUUAUCUCUCGCUUGGACUACUGCAAUGCGCUCUCUGUGGGGCUACCUUUGAAGGUGACCUGGAAACUACAACAAAUCCAGAAUGCGGCAGCUAGACUGGUGACUGGGAGCAGCUGCCGAGACCACAUAACACCGGUCUUGAAACACCUGCAUUGGUUCCCAGUACGUUUCCGAGCACAAUUCAAAGUGUUGGUGCUGACCUUUAAAGCCCUAAACGGCCUCAGUCCAGUAUAUCUGAAGGAACGUCUCCACCCCCAUCAUUCUACCCGGACACUGAGGUCCAGCGCCGAGAGCCUUCUGGCGGUUCCCUCACUGUGAGAAGCCAAGUUACAGGGAACCAGGCAAAGAGCCUUCUCAGUAGUGGCACCCGCCCUGUGGAAUGCCCUCCCACCAGACGUCAAAGAGAACAACAACUACCAGACUUUUAGAAGACAUCUGAAGGCAGCCCUGUUUAGGGAAGCUUUUAAUGUUUGAUGCAUUACUGUAUUUUAGUAUUUUGUUUGAAGCCAGCCAGAGUGGCUGGGGAAGCCCAGCCAGACGGACGGGGUAUAAAUAAUAAAUUAUUAUUAUUAUUAUUAUUAUUAUUAUUAUUAUUAUUAUCUCCAUUUAUCAGUUUAUAUAAAACAUGGCAUUCCUUAGGGCCAAACUAAAUGUUCAGUGGAGGAAUACAUGAAGAAGAGAUGCCUAUCCUACGCUGUGCUUACAUGAUUUUCUCGAAGUGUAAUUGAGCUAAUGGCCUCUAAUGCAAGCAGACCUCUAUUCGCUUGCUGUAGUGGUGGGAGCUGGUCCCACUGUGAGCCAUAGAAAAGGCUUUUUGUUGUUGACGCUUCAGUGCAAGCAGAAAGCCUCUAUGCUGCACAGGAAUGCUGUGCAUGUAAUAGGGAAGGGAAGAAAACUUCCUUUUCAAUCCCCCCUUCUCCUUUAGGUGAACAGAGUGGGUUUUCCAUUCCCAUUAUAAAUGCACCAAGGUUUUUAUUUUAUGCACUUAGACAUUUGAGCUUUGGUGGCUUUGCAAACCUACAGCACUCAAGCCUGUAUGUCAGAAUGAAAAUUCCACAUUAGUUUUUCCAUCCAAUUCCUGGAUCAGAAUUCCUGUUGAAAAUCACCCCACAGUAAAUGGGACAGGGUCAGAUGCUCAGCGUUUCUCAUCCAGUUCACAGUUUCUUUUUCUAUUGAAAUAAUUGGGACCGCUGGACAUUAAACUCAGUGCAAUGGUGUUUUUACAAAGAUAGUUUAUAAAAUUAAUAUGCUUUUGAUAGCACUAGGAGGCAUGAUUAACAGUGCCUCCCUAUGCAUAUCCACUCAGCAGCAAGGCUCAGUGAGUUCAGUGAAAUUUGUGUGUAGGAUUGCAGCCUAAAUUGAGAAUGGCAGAAUUCUUGGGUGCGUGAUGGUUCUUCUUGCUUUAGCCAGGCUAUGCUUACAUAUCUUUGUAACACAACCAUAUACAUAGUUUUCUUAAACGUAUUUUAACAGGAGAAAGGAAAAAUGCAUAAAUGAAGCUGAGUAUUGUCUUAGCCUGCUCUAGAACCUCAUCUCUCCUGCUUUUCUAGGUACCUUACACAGAGAAACUUCUAAGGCGGGUUCGUACAGCUAAUGAGAUAUCAUCUGCUUCUUCUUUGGCAUUAAUACGCUGGUCAAGAAUUGAGAGCAGAUACCCUUCUGAGACUCAUUACAUAGAAAGGGAAACAGGACAGGAGUAUGUAAAGAGGAAAGAAGAUCUCAACAGGUUAUGGUUUUGCUCAGACCCCCCUGUCACGAGAUCCACAACUCAUUUGCACCCACUUGAAUCAGAGACAUCCACUUACAUGAUCCACACCAUUAUUUUAGACUUCAGUAUGGUGCACUUUGUUGAUCUACAAGCUUCCUAUUUGUUACGAGAGGUAAGUUGCCUGAACUAUUGCAGCUUAGUAGUUUUUAUUUAGCUAUAGUAUUCAUUUAAACUAGUGCUCUCUUGCACUCGUGCUCUUAUUUUUAAAGGCCCUUUUAAAAAAUAAUAAUAUGGGUGGUCAUGAACACGUUUAUACGAGGGUAGAAGCAAGAUCAGCUGCAAGCAAUGUGGCAAAGCUAGGUCUUGGGAGAAACUAGAAUGAUUCAGAUAGCCAGUUUCCUACCCAUAAUGGUGGGGUGGGGGGAUAUUUUAAUACAAUAGCUUUUCAGUUACUUAAAGGAGGAUUGAUGUGCAAUAUGAUCCUGCCAUACAUUUAAGUCCCAAGCCCACUUACAUUCAGCAGGUGAGUUUUUCAGGCUUGCAGGAAAUGUCUUGGUAGCCAAAUGUUUGAUAAGUUUCCUAAGAAUUGAAUUAUGUAUAAAUGCCAAUUACAAAAAAAAAAAAAAAGAUGAUGGGGAAACUGGGAGCAUAACUUGGGCUUCUAGAUACAAACUAGAAUUGAUGUUUGCCAAAAGUGUUAGGAUGUAAAUCUGCCUGGAUUAAGGAUGGGAGGAAGGAUUAAAGAACAAAAAACCCCGAAACAUUAAGAACCAUACAGGUGGUCAGAUCAGAUUCAGAACGAGACAAUUGUCAGAUUGUCAGAAGAGACACAAAAAAAAACUCCACAAAAUUGAAAAAGCAAGUACAGUCAUAUUAGCAUGAAACAUUGAAAAUGAACGUCCUAAAGCUUAAGAAUUGGAAACAACAAAAGGUACUAAAGAGGGGUUGAAAGAAGUUACAUCAUCAAAGCAAUAGUCAUUUUGUUGAAAAGAUGACUCAGAAAAGAACAAAUAUCACUGUGGCAAAUUGCCCAACAAUAUAUGCAUUUCACUAACAUAGGUUUUCAUAUGGACUGUAAACACAUUACUGCUCACCUAAUGGGCUACAGAUUUGACCUUUCUGUUUUUCAUGCCUUUCCACCAUUUAGUACCCAUUCAUUCCUUCAGUUAUUUGUAUAUCUGCCUUUCAUUAUUUGUACACAGCCUUUCAUUAAAAAAAAUACCAAAAGCAAGGGGGGGGGGGACUAAAACCAUCUUAUCAAAUGAUUCCUCUGAUUACUAGGAAGUAGGGAUGUUGGAAGGCAUCGUUUUCCAUUCUGCUCUGUAUUCGUCACAUAUAGUACUGUGUUCAUUCCGCUGCAGUGCUUCUUACACUAAAAAAAAACUAUUCUAUUUGCAAUUCUUCUGUAGCAAAAUUACUUAACUUACAUAAUUUAUGCAUAAAUUUUGCUGUCUAUGUUAUGCCACCCCAUUGCAGAGGAAACACAAUGCCGAGCGGAGGAAGGAAUGUAAUCAAUUACAUAUUGUUUGCUGGGAUGAUUUCCAUUCUGGAUGUGGGACAAAUAAGCAAACACUGGCAAUUUCUGCUCCCACUCCUGUUUUUGCUGGAAUUCUCCAACAUCCCUACUGGGAAGGGAGCAGUUUGCAUCCCCCAUCAGGGCUCUGAAUUAGGUGGAGAAGUUUGAACUUCUCUGCCCACCCCUGCACCAUUUCUGCUUUAAAUUGUUUUGGUGUAUGUUUACUGUUGCCAGUAUUGGUGGCAUGCCAGGAAAAUUUGCUUGGGAGGCGGAAUCAGGCCCCAGAACCAGGCGUUAGUUACCCCUGAUCUAGAGACUGAAAACAUCACCCAUUUUAAUACAUUGUUUCCCUUCUACAGCUGUGUCAUGCGUUUCAGAAUAUUGGCAUCACACUCCUGAUAGCUGCCUGUCAUCGUGAGUAUAGUCGCUGCACUUUUUAAAUUAGCAAUUUCGGAUAUUGUUUGUAUGAUUAAUGCUGUUGUAAAGCCACAUCUUUUAAUCAUGCUGUUUUGUGUGAUUAUUCUUUCUUUUUUUUUAAUCUUAUAGCCACUGUAAUAAGGACCUUUGAAAAGCAUGACUUUUUUGACCAGUGUGUUACUAAAGCACGGUUCUUUCCAACCUUACACGACGCAGUACUCUAUGCAGUGGAGCCAGAACUCUUGGAAGAGACUGUGCCGGUAGAACCUAGUAUUAUCCUGCCUGAGGAAGUGUUGGCUGAAGUAACUCUAAAUGAGGAAAAGGUAUAAUAGUUGGCUGAGACCCGUGAUCAAUGUAAUGACCUGACAAAUGCUAAUCCAGAAAAGCAGUCUGAUCCUUUCAACUAGGAGUUAUAUAAAUGAUUUGUUUCAGUGGCUUUUUUAGCCGUAAAAGAUCUUUCCAGAUGAAUUAUUAAGCCCAGUAGCACAGAACAUUCUAUCUGUUUCCUGCCAUAGGAAAUCAGUCCCAAAUAUUUUGCUGCUAGGAAAAAUAAAUACUCCCCCUUUGUCCUCUACUAACAACUAAAUUGUGAGUACUAUGUGAAAUGCACGGGACGCGGGUGGUGCUGUGGUCUAAACCACUGAGCCUAGGGCUUGCCAAUCAGAAGGUUGCAGUUCGAAUCCCCAUGUCGGGUGAGCUCCCGUUGCUCGGUCCCUACUCCUGCCAACCUAGCAGUUCGAAAGCACAUCCAAGUGCAAGUAGAUAAAUAGGUACCGCUUCGGCGGGAAGGUAAACGGCGUUUCCGUGUGCUGCUCUGGUUCGCCAGAAGUGGCUUAGUCAUGCUGGCCACAUGACCUGGAAGCUGUACGCCGGCUCCCUUAGCCAGUAAAGUGAGAUGAGCGCCACAACCCCAGAGUCAUUCGUGACUGGAUCUAAUGGUCAGGGGUCCCUUUAUGUGAAAUGCACAAGUGUCAGGGAUCCCUGUUAACCAGUGUAAUUUUUUGAUGGGCGGGAAAUGCCCUGAGAGCAGCCUCCCGAUGGUCUGUCACCCCAGGCACCUUUGGCCCAAGCUGAAUCUAACACCAAAGUUUAACCAGGCUGGGAGUAAUAUGCCUGUGGCAAUAACCAGCUGACUGUCAAGCCUCCCUUCUCCUGUACAGGUGGGUGUGGUUUGGCUAAAACAGCCUUAUGGGCCAAUUGGGGAGGCAUGGUGGGUCAAAAGUAGCCCACAGGCUUGGAUUUCCUCACUCCUGCUUUAGAUUUUUCCAUGCAUUUGGGAAGACCAGGGGGCUAACACAUGUAGUCACAUAAUGUUCUGAAGCCUAUAAAUGCCAGCAGCAUUGUUUCCCAUUGUCCCUGUGAUCAUGAUGUUCAAUAUUAGUAUGCUGCCCAAGGCUGGCCAUACCAUUCACCAUCAGGUAAAAUGAAGUGCUUAUGUCAGUUGAUGCUGUGGGUGGAGAGAAGUUGUACAAGUGCAAUGUGUGUGCAGGGGAAGAUACAGUUCUAUCACUCGGAAAGUAAGAUUUAGCUGCCAGCACAACCAGCCCCUGUGCAUGGAAUGGGAAUGGGAAGGUGUCAUCUUAUCUUUUGCCUUGGGCUGCAAAGCGUAUUGGCCUGACCUUGCUGCUGCCAACCAGCUGCCGCAGCCUGAUAACUCCUCCCUCCUGUGCACAUGAAAUACUCUUGGAAACAUUCGGACUAACCGUUCUUGAAAUAGCAUGGUCACAUCCAAAUGUGAUUAAAUGCAUGGGCUAAAUUUAUUGAGUCAGGAUUUCACUUCUGGUCCUGACCCCAAUAUCACCAUGUCAUUAGGCCCUAUCCCUAAUGUCUGCAUAUUCAGCCAAAAGGUUUCUAUCUGUACAGUCCUGAUGUUGCAGGUCUUCUGAACAUGUGGAACAUGUAGCAUGACCACUUCCCCACCCACUGUGGCUAGUUUACUGGUUUCCCCUUCUUCCACCUCCACCCAUUCUUGAGCCCUGCCUGGAAGGGGACAUAUUCAGGGCAGAAAAUGCUUCUGGGCAUCAAGCUAGUCUGAGAAGAAUAUCAUAAAAGCAGCCUUUAGGAAUCAAGCUGCCUGUUUACUCUGCAUUGCCAAAGAGAACCGAAGAGAUUUGGACUAAUAUGCAAUUAGUAAGGCAAAGAUUAGCCGUUGUGUCAACAGGAGUUAUUUCUAAGUAAGUGUGAAAAAGAUGGUAGCUUUCAGAAAUUCCCUCCUCUCUGGAGGUUGCCUGUGGUCUUUUAACAGGACAGACUGAGCAUCUUUAUUUUAGCUUCCUCAGCUAAAUUGCAAGUUUGUGGAGUUAUGGCUUUCUGCAACGGUGCAUGGCCAUGGGAACUCCUACGAGCAUAUAAGAUGUAGUACCUAUUUGGCAACCAAUUGGAUGGACCAGCAACUGGGAAUAUAAUAUAUAUAUAGGCAUUGUGCAUUUUUGUGUGUUUCAGGAUAGGAGUCAACACUCAGGGAGGAGUCCUCAUUCAGAUAGGAGGAGCAUACAGUCCAAUGGGAACAGAGAAACUACCUCAAUCAAAAGUGCACGGAGCGAAACUUACAUUGAUGAGCCCAUAUCAGAUCUUUUCCGCACUUAUUCUCUCCAGAGUGAUAUAGAGGCACUCCCUCAGCUUGAAACAUCUCCCAUUGAGGAAGAUGAAGAUGAUCAAGACUGGGAUGGAAAAUGGAAAUAUAACAGUGAUGUCUAAAUUAUGAGAUCUAUUAGAAUUAGCUACAUAAAAAAAUGGUGCAUAUGUGACAUGAUUCAGGUCUGUACUGCUCCUUUUUGAAAUUCUGCAUCUAAAUUAAUGUUGUUAAAAUAGCUAACCAUUUUUUCCCUGACAUUGCUGAAGGAAAUCUUGUUGUACAUACAGAGCAGAUCAGAAACACAUUGAGAAAGAGUGAGAGAAAUGAAAUUAACUAUGACACUUAGAACCAUUAAUUAAAUUGUUUAAUUUUCAAAGCUUUUGUGCAUUUUGCCAUGUGUUAUUGUUGAGUGCCUUUUCACAAAAAAGACUCUCUACUUUUAGUCUCCAGAAUGUCUAGAAAAGGAACUGUCUUGUAAGAAGCUGUGCUGCUGAGAAACCUUAACUAACCCUCCAUUAGAGCCUAUUUUGAACAACUGAAUGAGCAAAACAGAAGCCAUGAAAGACCCAUUAGUGCCCAAAUAACAGUACCAUGUUUCUCCUCUGCUGGCAAUAGUAGUGGAUUCUAAGGGUGUGCACCAGAUUCAUUCAGACCAAUCCCAAACUGAGCCGGGGUGCCUUAAGAUUUAGGACUUGUCAAAGGUGAAACAGAAUCUGUAUGAGAUCGCACAGCUUUGGCAAUGCAGUGAAAAUCUCUGGUUAGCGCAAUGGUGGAUCUGGACUUCUUUUGAGAGACAGCUGUGUGACCUCUUCCAAGAGCAUCCUGAUAAAGGGGGGGUGGGGCUUGCUAUGUCCUAAUAUAUACCAAGAAGUCAGAUGCAUCAGGAAUUUAAAAUGAGAGAAAAGGGAGAAGCACGAGUUGCUGUGGAUAAUGAGAAGCCUUUCACCUUUAGACUGAGAUAAAAGUAUAGUAUGUAGGUGAAAGAUUAGUGCUAAAAGCAGGAAGUGAUUUCCAUUAUUGCUAUCUAUAUUUAAAUUUACACCAACUCAAUAGCUCCCUCGUGCCCUUUUGCCUACUUCAUGAUGAGUACCAGGCAGAAACAUAAGAAAAACAGUAGGGGGGAAAUGAAACUGUUUCAGCUUGCUUACUUUGUGCAUUGUUUGCAGUGAUGUACUUCUAAAUAAGCAUUGCUGAAGUCGAGUAUUUAGUGUCACUGGACCCAUGCCGUGGAACACACUUCCAGCACAGAUUCAGCAGGUAUCCUCACUUUUAAUUUGCAUUUCUUGAAGACCUUUUAUGCCGAUAGUCCUAUGGAGCUUAAAAGUUUCAUUGAGCAGCCCGCCAUUUUAGUGAUUGUUUCGUACUGCAAUUAAAGAUUUUUACAUUGUUGAACACUGCCUUGAUGUUUUGUGAGAGGGUGGUUGUUGUUGUUGGCAUUUGUCUGUCUUGGAAAACUGGAGGAGUACACCUUUGCAGGUGAGGUUAAGCUGUUGGAAGGCUGCAGCGCCUGCUGUGGCUGUAGAGGCCAAUGCUGGAGAGACCUGUUUUGUUGCAGUUGGG